UCCUUUCUUCAUGUAUAAAAACACAACUACAAUCUGCACAUCUUAAUACAUUUUCAUGGCUUCUCAUUACUGUCAUGUCAUUUUCUUUUGUACACUUUUCUUAAUCUCCGUAGCUAAUGCACAACCUUCUUUUCGUCCGAAAGCCCUGAUUCUUCCAGUAACUAAAGACCCUGCAACACUCCAGUACCUUACUACAAUCAAUCAAAGAACUCCCCUGGUUCCCAUCAGCUUGACUCUUGAUCUUGGAGGCCAAUUCUUGUGGGUCGAAUGCUACACAAGCUACGUCUCCUCCACGUAUCGCCCUGCUCGUUGUCGCUCAGCUCAAUGCUCCCUUGCCAGGGCAACAAGCUGUGUCACAGAAUGCAAUUCUCCUCCUUCACCAGGGUGUAACAAUAACACAUGUGGUCUCCUUCCAGGCAACCCUAUAGGCCAACUCGCGACAUUUGGAGACGUCGGUUCAGAUGUCGUCUCAGUCCAAUCCACAAACGGCAAGAACCCUGGUCCAUUUGUUUCGGUGCCUCAGUUGCUCUUUGUUUGUGGCUCAGAGUUUCUCUUAGGUGGCCUUGCCAAUGGUGUUAAGGGAAUGGCAGGCCUUGGAAGGGCUCGAAUUUCACUCCCUUCUCAAUUCUCAGCUGCUUUUAGUUUCAACAGGAAAUUCGCAGUUUGCCUAAGUGCCUCAACAUCCUCAAAAGGUGUUGUAAUAUUUGGAAAUGAACCUUAUGUGUUCCUUCCAAACGUGGAUGCUUCAGACUCUCUCAUUUAUACCCCUCUUUUCAUAAACCCUGUGAGUACCGCGUCAUCUUACUUUGAAGGUGACCCUUCUACUGAGUACUUCAUUGGGGUAAAAUCCAUCAAGAUUAACGAAAAAGUUGUCCCCAUAAAUUCAACUCUGCUUUCUAUAGACAAAGAAGGAUACGGUGGAACAAAAAUUAGCAGUGUCAACCCGUACACCGUCUUGGAAACUUCAAUCUACAAUGCUGUCACCAACGCAUUUGUGCAGGUGAUUUCUGGUGUACCCAGAGUCGCGUCUGUGGCGCCUUUUAGUGCAUGUUUCAGCUCAAAGAACAUCGGUAGCACACGUGUGGGACCUGCUGUGCCUCAGAUUGAUCUCAUUCUGCAGAGCCAGAGUGUGUAUUGGAGGAUCUUUGGCGCGAACUCAAUGGUGCAAGUGAGCAAUGAUGUGAUGUGUCUAGGCUUUGUGGAUGGAGGUGUGAAUCCCCGGACUUCAAUUGUGAUAGGCGGGCAUCAAAUUGAGGACAAUCUGUUGCAUUUUGAUCUUGCAGCAUCAAGACUCGGGUUCAGCUCUUCGCUCCUCUUCCGUCAAACAACAUGUGGAAAUUUCAAUUUUACAACUGCUUGAAACAAGGAUGUUACUACCUAAUUACAGUCCACACGCGGCCAACCUAUGAAUAAAUGGCUGUUGUUCUUAAACCAAAUCAUGUAAUUGUUACUGGUGUUCUGUCAAACAAACAAGCAUUAUGCUUCCAAAUAUGUUAUUAGUCUGCUGAUUGAUUCUAUUCAAAUUUGCCUCAAUGUUAUUAAAUGCAAA